AUGAGUAUAAACGAAGCAUUGACGGUAGCUUCAAUAUCAACUGGGAUUGGAUAUUCCACACCUGAUGAAAUCAUGGCAUUGCUAAAUAUUCCAUUCAUGUCGCCCAAUACAUAUCAAUCUUUUCAUGAAAAAGUUGGUAGUAUUAUAAGAAAAACAGCGUGGGAUGUUAUGAAGGAAGCUGCCGAGGAAGAAGCUCAAUUAGCGAGAGAUUUGGGCGAAGUUGAUAAAAAGACGAAGUUUCCCUUGAUUACCGUGGUAGCUGAUGGAGCAUGGGGAAAACGUUCAUAUAAUGUAAAUUAUGAUGCCGCAUCAGGAGCAACAUGUGGUCUCCUUCAAGAUAUCGACGUAUGCUUUAAUAGACUCGUUUUUAAUGCAGCAAGCCUUAUCUAUAAUAUGGAUAAUAAUCUUGCAGAGAGCUACGAUUCGGAGAUAUGCAAGUUUGUUGGAGGAAAAAGAAUUAACUUUAGCAAAAAAGGCUCUUAUCAGACCAGAUGCGAAGCUGCCGCAAUUUCUUUUAAUGUAGGUAGUGGAGACUUUCAUCUUGCCAUAGGCAAGGCGAUUGAUAAAGAUUAUGGACCAGAUGCUACUGCCGAACCGGAUCUAACUGAAGAACAGUACCAAUUUAAAAAGAAUAUAUUUUUAAAGGAGCUCGAAAAGUCAGGAGAAGAAAUUGAAAAGCUGGAAAAGGAAACGAGAGGUCAAUCUGGCAACCCACUGUGGAAGCAGGAAAGGAGCCUCCGGCUAACCGCCUCUAAUUUUGGAACUGUCUGCAAAAUGAGGAAAACAACAAGUUGCGAAAAUAGUGUGAAGAAUCUUCUAUAUUCUAAAUUUAUGGGAAGUUCUGCAACAAGAUAUGGAACAGAAAAAGAACCGUUAGCCAUAAAAGCAUACGAAACCUACACAAAAGAAAUAGUGGAGCCUUGUGGUUUGUUGAUAAAAAACAUUGUUUUUUGGCAGCUAGUCCAGAUGGACUUAUUCAGGAUGAGGGGAUAA